GGACCCGGGCUGAAGCACCAGCAGCAGCAGCAGCAGCAGCAUCCGCACCAGCAGCAGCAGCAGCAGCGCCGCCACGAAGGAGCUCAGUGCUGCUUGAAGCUCGCUUCCUCUGCGCUCCUCUCCUCUCCUCCAGGGUUUCAGAUGCUCCGACUCGGCGGCAGGAUGUGCGGAUCCUCGGCCCUGCUCUCGGUGCUCCUCGCUGGGCUCGCAGCAGCGGCGUCCUCGGAUCUGUUUGACAACCAACUGGGCGACAUCAAUUACUGCAAGAAGCAAUGCCAGCUCACCAUCAAAAACAAAAGCCCCGCUAAAGACUCCAUAAUGAACGCCUGUCACCGUGGCUGUCGCCUCUACUCCAUCUGCCAGUUUGUCAACGGCAACGCCGGCUUUAAUACCAGCAGGGAGGAGUGUCAGGGAGCCUGCCAGGAGGCCUACGUGAAGCUGCUGGAGCAGGAGGCCUGCUGCACCGGCUGUGCCAGCCAACCUUCUGAACCUGAGAUCAAGAGGAGGAAGCUGAGGGCCAUGACUCUCCGCCCGAAGCCUCCCUCUGUCAUGGAGGCUGUUUCCAGUUGGUGCAACGACAUCGUCAGCUCCGCUCAGAGCUUCAUCUCUUCUACCUGGACCUUCUACCUGCAGGCUGAUGAUGGCAAAGUCGUGGUUUUCCAGAGCCAGCCAGAGAUGGAAUACACUCUGCCCGAGCUGCAGGCUCCUCGGUCCAACGUGGCCGACAAACCCUGGCCUCAGGUCCACUCUCACACCCAGAGACCCCACGGUGUGAGAGGACACGGAGAAAAGGGAGCAGCUAAAGCAGCAGGUAAAGGGAAGCAUCCGGUCCAGCAUGCAGAGGAUCCAACAGCUGAGCACGACUUCCUGGGAUGCAUGUCAAGACGUUCAGGACUUCCGCGGUGGAUUUUAGCUGCUUGUCUCUUCCUGUCCAUCAUGGUCAUGUUGUGGCUCAGCUGUGCCAGCCUUGUCACCGCGCCGGAGCAGCACAUCAAGACGCAGCUGAGUAUCAACGGAGAUAAAGAGUUUCUGGACAAUGGCCAAAAAGUGAACCCGUACCACCUGAGUCCAGUGAUCGCCGUCACUGUGAAACAGUCGGAGGAGAUCCAGGAGGCCGGACCGCUGCCGGUGAAAGUGGACCUCAACAAAACGUGUGUUUAGGGAGGGGCAGUGGUUGAGCUGCUGUCUUUGUUUUUCCUCGUUAAACAUGUCUAAACUCUGCAAAGAAAAGGGGUGAAACAAACACAUGACGCCACUCAGUCAGCAGGAUUUUUAAAAAGCAUAUUUUUAAGAGCAUGGCACCCUCAUUUAAAAACGAUCUGAAACAUCUAGCUUGUGUCAGUCGAACAGGGUUUUCUUUCAGUUAGCUACAUCUCCAGUGCAUUUCAUCUACUUGUACAGUCCAGACUUCUCUAAGUUCGUCCUCAGAUUAUCCUUAGUGAUCGGCAGCACUCUAAGAAGAUGAGCAAUGAGGACAAAUUACCGCUGAAAGCUUUCAUAUCAUUUUCACGUCUAGUGCAGACAAAAGAAGAUACACACUGAACUUCAUGUGAGAUUUAAUUUUCCUCGUUCUUGCAGAGUGUUUGGAUUAAUUAAUUGCUUGCUCAGAGCGAAGAGAUGGAGAAAAAGCAGACAGGGAGGAAAGGAAGAUGAAUGAAAGGUGAGCAGAAGUACACAGAAACCGAUAACACAGCUCGCAGUUUAUGAUCAACAUUAUGAGCUGCCUUUCAAUACUGUCUCAGAAUUGGCUUCAGUAUUUAAAAAAUCACGUUUUCCUGACUAAAUUUGUCACCUUCACUGCUGCGUGUGUGUGAAAGCCGGAUGCUCUGUUUGAGAAUGAGCAAAAAUAAACCCUUUAUUUAUUUUCUUCUCUAUUUAUUCAGAUCCAUCAACAUGUUAAAUAGUGUUAUUGAAGUGCCAUGUACAGUUAAUUCAUCAUACAAAUGUAAUUGCUCUGUAUGUAAAUGACACAGAUUGGGAGACACACGGAAGGAAGAUUGCACCUAUUGCUGUAUUAUUAUGAUUAUUAUGAUUAUUAUAUUAUUGCUCUUAUAUCACUUCAAGAGUUCUUAGCUGUUAUAUGUGCCAUGUGCUUUCUAAUAGCUGACUAUUUUGUAUGUCCUAGGAGCACAUACUGAAGGAUAACCUCUGUAACAAUGUGUAAUGCAAAGCUUUUAAGAUAGACCUUUGUUAUUGAGCAGAGUUGCACAGUCUUAGAGAAGAUUUUUCCGUUUUCCUCUCAGUGCUUUCAAUGUCCUGUAACGCUCUUUUAAUCCAGGCUAUGUAGACAAUAAAACCGUGCAUGCAAGUGAUUCUUUGAUAGUUUAUCUUAACCGCUCGCCAUGCCAGUAUGGCACAAACUCUACUGUAGACUUGUGAUUUUUUGUGUUCAUAUUUACCGUAAAAAACAUUGAAAUAGAAUGUGUACUGAUGAAUGACCUCAUGAUUUACAGGAGGGACUCUGUAUUAUUAAAAAGCCAUUCACUAAAAUAGCUGUACUGGUUCAAUCUGAAGGUGUCACGAGGAGUUUCAAACUGUAUUGUUUCCUUUUUACUGGUCUUGUUUAUUUUCAAUGAAAUGACAAUUACAUGAUGAAAUAAAAUGUUUUCACUGUAAAUAAA